ACCCCGUUCACCACCCUCACCACCACGGCACUCUCUCUGCCCUACUGCUGCUGCUCUGCGGCUGCAUCUAGGCACCGUCAACACCCGCCGACACGCUGUCUGCCGCAGCACCUCCGUCGCCCGCCAUGGCAGGAUUCGCCGACUCGAUGCGGACCUUUUGGCACUCCAUGACCUCGAAUGACCGCCAUGCCUCCCACGACUCGCCCUACCGCACCGGCCGCCAUAUCCCCCUGCCUCAGAGCCGCCACGCCCCUCUCACCUCCGUUGCGACCACGGGCAUAGAAUCACGCGUCGACCUGUCCUCGUCCUACGCCCAGGACGACCCGGCCAUGAGCAAUGGCUUCAUCGGCUCUCCCAAGGGGCCCAUGUCGCCGCUCUCGCCCUACUCCCCUGGAAUGCGGUCCUCGCUGAGCCGCCAAACCACCGCCGACUCCGAGGCCUUCGAGGCCAAGAGCCCGUCGGGCGAGAUCCCCAUGCGUGACUUCAACGAGGGCCUGCCGCCGGCACAGCCACUGGCACACUCCUGGGGCCGCAUUGACCGCUGGCUAGAAACCCACUACGAGGAGCUGUUCGACAACCUCUGCGAGGGCUGCACGUCAAACGACGUCAACGAGCUCGAGCACGAGCUAGACUGCACACUGCCGCAGGAUGUUCGCGAGUCAUUACAAAUACACGACGGCCAGGAGCGCGGGGGCUUACCCACCGGCGUGCUGUUCAGCUGCAUGGUACUCGACUGCGAGGAAAUUGUCCACGAAUGGCAGAACUGGCGGAAGGUCGCCGAAGAGUAUCUGACCCAGAAACCCAACAUCCGAAUUCCCCAGCCACCCUCGAAAGCGUUCGCCGGCGCCUCGUCUUCCGUAGCUCCGCCGCCCCCGGUGCAGCAAUCGCCCAACCCCCUCUGGCGGCAACAGCUGCAGAGCAAACAGGAGUCCCAGCCUCCGAAUGCAAUCCAAAAAGCGUACGCCCACCCCGCCUGGAUUCCUCUCGCUCGGGAUUGGGGAGGAAACUACCUGGCUACCGAUCUUGCGCCCGGACCAGCUGGCACAUGGGGCCAGAUCAUCAUUUUCGGCCGCGAUUACGACUGCAAAUACGUCGUUGCACGCUCAUGGGCCCAUCUGCUCGCAAUGGCCGCCGACGACUUCGAGUCCGACAAGCCUUUCAUAGACGAAGACAGCGGCGAGCUCAAGCUGCGCGAGUUCAAGCGCCAGAACGUCGAACCGGCCUACCUCGAAAUCCUCCGCUGGCGUUGCGAUCAGAAGUACGGACGGCGUGGACCGAAGAGGCGGCCACAGUCCGCGUUACAUAUUAAUUCUAAUGUUGGUGGGUCCCAGGGACCAGGCAGUGCUCAUAGCGCGAGCAGCCCUUACGCAAGCCCGACAACGAGCACGGCCGAGGAGCGCGGACGAAGCCCCCAACGCUUCUCGCAGAAAUCCAAGCCGACGGCGAGCCCGAGAGCGCACAUCUCCAGCCCGUUGGCGAGGGUUGCGGAGGAAAACCCAGCUCCGAUUCGAGUCCACACCGACUUAGGACCUAGGAACGGCACUCCCAUCGAGAAACUCGUGUCCGUCGACACACCCCGACCGAGCGACGACCUGCUGGGCUCGACGCCCCGGACGAGCUUCGGCAGCGAGAAGGAGAACAAGGACACCAAGAAGAUAGAUGGGAUCGUCAAGAACGGGGCUGCGAGUGAAGUCGGCGACCUGAAGACGGUCGAGAUAUAGCCGAGGCUGACGUUGGCAGGGACGGUUCUGGCGCUCUCGAUGGACCGAGUAGAGUGCGCCCAGCGUCGUUCUUGCUGACUUUAUGCCCGGCUUACGGAAUGUAGGAUAUUCAAUUCGACCCAACUUAAACCACCUCUCAUACUCAUUACAUCCGCUGGAUAACGGGCGUUUCACGAUAGCACAAACUUCGAAUCUCCCCCAAAACACAACACAUCAACACCUUAAUAGUCGAUUUUUGCAAACGAGUUUCCUGGGUUCGAAUAAGGCAAAUGCGGACAGCGAGCACACACAAAUGCGGGUGGCAAUGGAUGCGAUUACGAGGGCGUCUGGAUAAUUCUACCGAGUGAGUAAC